GUUCGCACGCUUGACCAAGUCGUGGUGCUGUCGCAGUUGAGGGGCGACCGCAACGACGGCUGAUUGUAGGUCAUUGCUGUGUGCAGUGCCAGUGCCAGUGACAGUGUAGUGCAGUGCAGUGCAGUGCGCGGUCUUGAGGCGGCUGGUGGAGAGUACUAUCCGUUCGUCGUUAUUUCUACCGGGCGCCUGCGGCUGCAGUUCAAGGCGCUCACGCGGCUCCAGCUUUGCCUGAGGGUCGGAACUUGUCUUCGCUCCAUCUUCAGUCAUGGCUGAAGACGGCGCCUCAGCCAUGGCGGCGGCGCCGUCGCCUCUGUCGGUCGACAAGCCUGUGCUGAUCGACGCGGCUAUGUCUUACUUCAGUGCCAGACCGCGGUUUGCCAUUUACCUCAAGGGUCUGGAGAACGAGAUCACGCUGAAGACUCCGGCGGAGUUGGGCGGACUGAAGUCUCCAACGUACUUGAAGAUGAAUCCUCAAGGGAAAAUGCCGAUCCUGAUUCUGCCGGCGUCUGAUGGCCGCGUCAUUCCCGAGAGCGAGGUCAUCACCCAGUACAUUUUGGAUAGGUACGCGGCGUCGGGAUCCGGACCUGCACCUGCGCUGUCGACCGUGGACGAGCGUUUGACUGAGAACCUGUUGAAGCGAUUGCUCGACACCUAUGUGUGUGUGAAUAUCGGGGCGUUCUACACGACGCUGGAGGCAGACCAGCGGCUGGCCAAGCUAGUGGAGCUGCGCAAGCAGGUCGGCAUUCUCGAUGGGUACGUGAAGGCGGCGCCGUACGCCGCAGGGGAGUUCUCCUCAGCGGAUAUCGCGAUGUUCCCGGCCUUCGUGUUCGUGAAGAGAAUCUCGGCUUUAACCUGUGGAUGGGAGGACGUCUUCAAGGGCUGCCCCAACCUCGCGAAAUGGUGGGCGACCAUCACGCAGCACCCUGUCGCUCAGAAACUGCAGAGCGAGAUGGAGUCGGGGAUGUCGGAGAGCACUAUAGAACCGUGGCUGACAGCUUCAGGAGCCUUAAGCCAGUUCAAGAACACCGAGUUUGAGUGGAAACUAUGCUAAUUGAGCAUCAGGCUGCGAUAUGAGAGGGUGAUAGGUAAAGGCUGGGAGGGCCAAUAGGUAAAGGGUGGGAGGGGCAAUAGGUAAGCAACCGAGGGUGUUAGGAUGGGGCAGAAGAACAGGCAAUAGUACUGUUGUAUAGUACUGAGCGAGCAGAAAAAGAGGCGAUAGGACUGUUUUAUAGUGCUGAGUACUCUCAGCUCAGCAAAGUAAGAGAUGGAGGUUGUUGGUUGGCAGUCAGAAUAGGGAGAAUGGGGAGCGGAAAAAGGCAGUCAACGGACGAGUACCGACGUACUGUGUGGAGGUCAAUCGUCAGGUGAUCGGGAGUCGGAAUCCCGUUCCAACGAAGAACCCGUUGUGGGGAAGGACAAGUGAAACGCUCGGUAAGUGAUCAUAUAUGGGUUCAAAUGAUGGAGAUUGAAUCUCAAUGGGAUUAUCUUCCUCUGGAUAGAGGUAGGGAGGAGAGCAGGUAGUAUUGAAAAGGAAGGGAUGGAAAGGUAGGUUUUAAGGAUGAAGACAUGUAAGCGAGCGGAUCGAGCACAAGGAUGUUCAUUGCGUCCGGCAUUGGUGCAGAUGCUCAUAACUCCCGUGCAAAUCGAUGUAAGUGCAUCAGUUAUAAAGGAUGAGGAGACGUAGGCGGCUUGCAUAUGACCGGAUGGGAGUGAGUAGGUGCCCCGUGGUAGACGUAUCAUUAGCGGUAUCAACAGAUCUCCUAGCGGGUUGUGCCUGAAUGGAGGUAGUGGAGGUGAUAGGUGGUCAGGUGUUAAAGAAGUAGAUAUGUCUCGAGGGGGGAGGGAGGGAGAGAAUCAUUUGAUAGGUUGGGGGUGGGAGGAGGGGUAGAUAUGGAAAGGGGUGGUAGGAGUGGUAGAUGAGGAAACUACCUGCUAAUGAUGGUGCGAAGGUAACAAAGACGUGAUGGGGUGGUUGAGUGUGGGAGGACAUGGGGGAGGACAUGGGGGAGGACAGGGGUAGGAGAGUGGGUGGGUUGUUCCUCUCCCGUGAGUAUCUUCGGUCGGCCGCUUUGGGCAUCCCAUGCCUUUCGAGAGCUUAACUCCUCGUGAGAUGAUUUUUAGACUGUAUGUGAAUGUUCGACGAAGCUUCGAUGACAACGAUUUAAGUCGUAACAUGAGUUUCAAUUUGCUUACGACAAUGACACGGAAUUAAGGUUUUGAUUG